AUGCGUUUCAUGCAAUUGCUUCUUACAUUAACACUCUGGAUUCACAAUCAAUUCUUCGUUUUUUGUUCAUAUGCUGCUCCUAAGGCGACAACAACGACGGUAGGAGCGACCUUAACGGACACACCUGAUCUAGAAGACGGUCAUCCAAAUCACCAACUUUGGAGAAAAAUGAUCGAUCCGAGUCGGUCUCAAUCAUCUGAUCGUACAAAUUAUUUACGGCAUGAUGCAACUAUUAAUACAGUCGAAGAAUUUCUCGACACACUGAUCAAUUCAAGUCGGUACGAUCGACGUAUUCGACCGUUCUUCAGUCAACGAAAAGCAUGUAAUGUAACAAUGACGAUUCAUAUUAACACCAUAUCAGCGAUUAAUGAAGUUAAUAUGGAUUAUAAUACAGAUCUCAUUUUUCGCCAGUCGUGGUAUGAUCCAAGGUUGAAUUAUACUGGAACGGAUUGGGCGAUCAAAUCACCAAUAAUCACUUUGCAUUAUUCGCUGAUUGAUCGUAUUUGGGUACCGGAUUCAUUCUUUCGGAAUGCCAAAGAAGGUAAACGAAGUGACAUAACGGUGCCCAAUCGGCUGAUUCGUAUUCAUCGCGAUGGCAAAGUCCUCUAUAGUCAAAGACUUCUACUUAAACUUGAUUGUCAAAUGAAAUUACAAAAAUUCCCACUUGAUAACCAGACAUGUGUAGUUAACAUAGGCAGUUAUGGCUUUGCUACAAAUGACUUGGCUUUUUUCUGGGAAGAAGCUCCAAAUGUCAGUGCUAUUCGAGUUAAUGAAGAUCUUGAAAUGCCCGAUUUUGUUUUGAGUAACCAUGAAGCAAGAUACUGUAAUCGAACGACAGCAACAGGAAAAUUCGCUUGUAUCGAAGUACACCUCGCUCUUCAACGCAACAUCAACUUAUAUUUACAACAGCUUUACUUGCCAUCAACGUUAAUUGUUGCUCUAUCAUUUAUCGCAUUCUGGAUCGACUAUAAAUCUCAUCCUGCACGAACAUUAUUGAGUCUACUCAGCAUUGUUACUGUAACAACAAAGGCUGAAGGCAGUUUCACAUGCCUUCUCGUUGUUCUUCAUUUGAAACGUUUAUUUGGUUAUUAUCUUGUUCAAGUUUAUAUUCCAUCAAUGCUUAUUGUGAUUCUUUCUUUUGUUUCAUUCUGGAUCGAUCAUAAGUCGGUUCCAGCGAGAAUUUCAGUCGGUCUUUUAACUGUACUUACAGUUACUACUCAAAGCUCAGGUAUUCGGUCACAAUUGCCACGUGUGUCAUAUAUAAAAGCCAUCGAUGUCUGGAUGUCAGCAUGUCUUGUUUUCGUUUUUGCCGGCCUGCUUGAAUACGCACUUGUUAAUGUUAUUGCUCGAAAAGGCGAACUUAAACAACAAGUUCGAUUCUCCAAAGAAAGGAAAAAUCCAGACAGACCACCAAAAGUCACUCUGAUACAAAAACUACAGAAUGGCUCAUCUUUUGCUGCUGAGAGAGUUAUUGGCAAUCGUCUUGCUCAAGUGCAUUUCUACAAGAAAGACGAUGCACAUCAAAGUAACGCUGAAACGAUGGAAACGCUUGUUCAUAAAACAAGUGGUGCCGACAGAAAUCUAGGUGGUGGAACUACCACCACUACUUCACACUCUCAUUAUUCUACGAUGUCAAAUACUAGCGCACCUUCACAAACACCACAGGUUGUCUUGUCACAGCCAGCACAGUUAGCGAAAGCUGCUAAACCUGUUCGUGACAGUGCACAAUUUGUCGAUCUUGUUUCAGCAGUCCUGUUUCCUGUUGCCUUCAUUGUAUUUAAUAUUAUCUACUGGAUGGUUUAUCUCAAUAUGCAUGUUGAAUAUAUUUUAAAAUAA